AUGCCAUCAUUUAUUCCAAGUAUAAGAAAAGAAGAAGAAGAAGAAAACUUAGAGGAGUGUGUGGGGAUUUCAUUACAAGAUGAAUUACUCAACAAAUAUUUCGAAGAACUGUCAUCUUUAAUUGAGGAGUUAAAGAAAGAAAAAAAUAGGAUUCAAGAAGGGAUGAACAAAUACACAGAACAAGAAAAAGCAAAGUGUUAUGCCCUAAUAUUAUCAUCACAGAGAAUGUUGGAAAUUAUAUACUUUGAAAUCCAUUUUAGUGAAUCAAAUACAAGAAAUUACCAGGAUUUCCAAAAUUAUCUCAAGUAUAAAGAAAAUCUUUCUCAAAUUAAUGAAGAUUUUUCGAAAUUUACAGUUUUUUUUGACCCUAAUAAAGAUUCUAAAAAUGAGGAUAAAACCGAAGAAACCUCAAAUUUACCUUUUAAAGAUGUUAUUUCUCAUUCAUCAUUAGAAGUAAAUAUAAAAGAUAACAAACUAUAUCAUCACCAAAUCAUGGAAGAAAAAAGCCAAGAUUACUAUUUACUUCAAAGUAAAAGGCUACUAGAAGAAACUAACCAAUACAGCCAACAAGUACUUUUAAAUUUAAAUACACAAAAAGAACAAUUAAUGGGUACCGACAAUAAAAUUAAAAGUAUUUCAAAAAAUAUACAGGAUUCAUCAUUAAUACUAGAUAAAAUGACUAAAUGGUGGCACCAAUUUAUCUAA